AUGGGAUGGCCCGUUCCCAACGGUACAUUGUCACACUCGGCUGUCCGUCUGAGAUGGGUGAAUGUUGCUGUAUUAUGCGAGCAAGUAUUUGUUGGCUUAUUGAGCAGGGCAGUACCUAGUCAUGUUUUGGUAGUUGCACAAUCUAUUCUCGACUUCUCAUAUUAUGCCCAGCUGCACAUUCAGACAACUGAGUCCCUCGAAGCCCUACAAACCGCCCUGACUGUAUUUCACGCCAAUAAAGACAUCCUCAAGGAGCUCACUGUUCAAGAGCAUUUCAACAUACUGAAAUUACACCAGCUCUCUCAUUAUGUACAGUCCAUCACGUUGUUUGGCGCAGCUGAUGGCUUUAACACAGAACUUCCUGAGCACUUGCACAUUGAUUUUGCAAAGGACUCAUACCAUGCUAGCAAUAAACGGGACUAUGAGGAACAAAUGGCUUUGUGGCUCCAACGCCAGGAAGCUGUGUUUAUAUGUAGUGUGUCACAACCCAAUAAUGAAUUAACGCUGGGCGGAGACUAG